AUGGCUGAGAUUGUAGAAGAAUCAGAGAGUGUUGUUGAGCCAGAAGUAGUUAAUGAAGAGGUGUCUGUGGAUAAUGUGGCUGAUCUUGAAGAAAUUGUUGCUGAAGUUUAUUAUUAUCAAUCUGAAAAGGAGGUAUUAGCCAGUUCUUUAAAAUCUAUCAUGCCUCCUAAAGUGUUUGAUUCUUUUGCAGGUUUCUUCGAAGAGCCAACAACUGGAUUAUGUCCACGGUAUGAGGUGAAGAAAGAUUCUGUUGAAGAGAUGAUCGAUGUAACCAAAGAGAUGACAAAAGAAACAUUGAAGGAGAUUGCUGACAGGGCUCUAAUGGGGAAACUAAAAGAGGUAGACACAGAACGUGUAAAACCAGAGUCUGUCAGUACCGAGUCAGUACAAAAGGAGUCAGAUGAGGAGUCAGGAAUUGAGGAGGUCAAAUUCGAGGGAGUGUCUGAGUCAAAGUCGGAUGGUGUCGGUAAACAGGAAGUUAAAACUGAUCAUGAAGAAAAGAUUGUUGAGAAACUUGAUUCAAUUUCUGAAACCCCAUGCCAAAACUGUUCAAAGCCCUAUAUGGAGUGUCUUGAAAAGGACACAAAGUUUCAGGAAUUGAAACAACACGCUGAUAUGAUUAAAUUUGAUCUAAGUCAAGUUAAAGAGGCAUAUGAUACACUGGCUAGAUCUAUUAAAAUGAUUCAAAAGGAAAGUGUUGAAAAUGAUAAAGCCACGAAAUUAUUAAAAUCGACAAUUUUUGAUAAACAAGUGGAAGUCAAUUUUCAUUUAGACACGAUUGCAUCAUUAAAAAAAGAGUUAGAGUUAACUAAAAUUGAGAAUGAAAGAAUUGAUAAAAAGUUAAUGAGUUAUGUUGCAUCUUCUUAUGUCAUUGAGCAAAUUGUUCCACAACAACCAAAUGCAACACCGCUCAAACUGAGGACAAUUGAGGAUGAGUUGCCAGAAAGUAUUGAUGUUACAUUCUCUCCAUCCGACUCGGACAAUGAGUCACAGGUCAUCAAGACCGUUGUUGACCAAGUGUUAGACGAAGAGAGUGAUAACUCUGAGGCUGAGUUCAUGAAAACUCAUUCGGAAAAUUCUGUGUCUAAUUCUGAAGAAGAGGGUAACUUUUUAGACCGAUUCAUACCAAAAUCAGACAAAGUCGAGAAUGAUGAUCCGAUCAUGGUGGUUUACACAAUGAUUGGAACUGACAAGCUUUAUUCUGAUUUUUAG